CGAGAGUUGGCGAGACUGUGCGAGACUUUGGGUACAUUCCAGGCCCGUUCUCAGAGCGCGGUUCUUUCAGUGUUUUCUAUCCGGACAUCGGGAAGUUUCUGCGACUUUUCACACAUCUGCGCUGUCCCUGGAACCUGCAAACAUGAGGCUGAAGAUAUCUCUCGCCAAGGAACCAAAACAUACGGAGCUGGUAAGCAGUGUCGGCUGGACCACAGCAGACGAGCUGUACUCCUGCAGCGACGAUCACGCCAUCCUCAAGUGGAGCCUGCUCACCAACGAGACAUCUCAGCUCGCCAAACUUCCCGCGGAAGUCUACGCCACCGACAUCCACUGGUUCCCCAAGGUGGUGGGGGGAGGGAAGGGGAAAAAGGGGGAAUCUGACGUGUUUGUGUUGACGAGCACUGAUGGGAAGUUCCAUUUGAUCUCCCGACUGGGGAGGGUGGAGAAGAGUGUUGAGGCUCACAAGGGAGCCGUGCUCUCAGGGAGGUGGUCAUAUGAUGGAACAGCCAUGGCUACAGCCGGAGAGGACGGCCAGGUGCGUAUCUGGUCCCGUAGUGGGAUGUUACGCUCCACCAUGGUUCAGCAGGGAACGCCGGUCUACUCGCUGGCCUGGGGACCUGAUUCUGACCAGAUCCUGUACACCAGCGGCCGGCAGCUUAUCGUUAAACCUCUGCAGGCUAACGCUAAACCUAUACAGUGGAAAGGUCACGAGGGAGUGAUCCUGAAGGUCGACUGGAACGCUGUUAACAACCUGAUCCUGUCUGGAGGGGAGGACUGCAGGUACAAGGUGUGGGACAGCUAUGGGCGUCUCCUGUUCACCAGCCAGGUGCAUGAUUACCCCAUCACCUCUGUCAGCUGGGCCCCUGACGGGGAACUUUUCGCUGUCGGCUCCUUCAACACGCUCAGACUCUGUGACAAAACUGGGUGGUCCUAUGCCCUGGAGAAACCCAACACAGGCAGCGUUUUCAACAUCGCAUGGUCUAGCGACGGCACUCAGAUCGCUGGGGCUUGUGGGAAUGGUCACGUGAUCUUUGGUCACGUGAUUGAGCGGCGGCUGGAGUGGAAGAACUACGAAGCCACAGUGACCGAUCGUAAGUCGAUCCAAGUUCGAAACGUUAUGGACGACGCACGAGAGAAGCUCGACUUUCGCGAUCGGAUCAUCAAGACUUCGCUGGCGUUCGGCCAUCUUGUGGUGGCCACAACAUCACAAUGUUACGUCUACAGCACCAAGAAUUGGAACACUCCAAUGAUCUUUGACCUGAAGGAAGGAACAGUCACCCUCAUAGUGCAGACUGAGAAGCACUUUGCUCUGGUAGACAGCAGUGGGAUACAGGUGUACUCCUAUGAGGGCCGGAUGCAGGCAUCCCCCAAAGUCCCAGGCCUGCGCCCGGACGUGCUGAACGUACAAACUCUCUCCAUCAGUAACGAUGCUGUGGCCAUCCGGGACAAGAAGGACGAAAAAGUUGUCCACCUGUUUGAUGCAACAUCAGGAAAACCACUCGGUGAUGGCAAACCCUUUGUUCACAAGCUGGAGGUGGCAGAGGUAACGUUGGACCAGUGCGGCCCGGCAGCAGAGCGCCGCCUCGCUAUCGUGGACAAGAACCGUGACCUGUACCUGGCGCAGGUGCGCGCCGUGGGAGGGGCCAGGAAGGUCAUCAAACUAGGUACGAUGGUCCACUCGAUGUCGUGGAACGAUGAAACCAACAUGCUCGCGGCUCUGCAGGACACCAAGCUGGUGGUUUACUACUUUCCCAACGCUGUGUACGUCGACAAGGACAUCCUGCCCAAAACUCUCAUGGAGAAAGAUGCAACUGAGUUUGGGAAGAACCCUCAGAUCGUAAACUUCUUGGGGAAUCAUGUGAUCAUCCGGCGCGCCGACGGCUCAUUGGUCAGCACGGGGGUGUCGCCCUAUCCCAGCAUGCUCCACUCCUACGUGUCCAACUCCCGCUGGGACGAUGCCGUCAGGCUCUGCAGAUUUGUUAAGGAUGAGGCUCUGUGGGCAUGUCUGGCUGCCAUGGCUGCCUACGCAAAGGACCUGAACACAGCAGAGGUGGCGUACGCUGCAAUAGAUGAGGUGGACAAGGUGCAGUACAUCCUCCACAUUAAGGAGAUUCCUUCCAAGGAGGCGAGAAACGCUGAGAUGGCGCUUUUCUGCGGGAGUCCUCAAGACGCGGAGGGGAUCCUCCUCCAGUCUGGACUCGUCUUCCGAGCCAUACAGAUGAACAUUAACCUCUACAACUGGGACAGAGCCCUUGAGCUGGCUGUGAAGCACAAGACGCACGUGGACACGGUUCUGGCCUUCAGACAGAAGUACCUGGAGAAGUUCGGCAGGAACGAGAAGAGCAAACGCUUCCUGCAGUACGCAGAGGGGGUGGAGGUGGACUGGCAGAAGAUCGAGGCAAAGAUCGAGAUGGAACAGCAGAAAGAGCGGGAAAAGGCCGCCACAGUCAGGCGGUAACAUGGAGGGUGGGGAUCGGGUUACAGAUAGAGUUUCUUAGGCUGCUUCAACAUGGGUGAAGACUUAAUCCAAUUUCUGGUAUGAAACCAGCAAACCUGGUUUUGCCUUGAUCAGGACACCUUCAGUGUACAAACUGCACCUUGGCAUCAAUUGCAAAGCAUUGUAAAGAAAAAAGAGCAUGUAAGGAUUUGUUUGUUAGUACACUAUUAGUGAGAAUAGUUAGUGCAUUUUAUGAAGUUAUAUUCCACGGAGUUAAUGAUGUGUAUAUUGUGUGAAAAGCCGUUUCUGUACAGAAAAGUAUUUGUCGCUUGCUACAUUCCUAAAUAAUUGUGAAGAUACAUGUAUCAGGAAUGAAUGUUGUAAAGUCUUUAAGUAGAGUUUCCUAUUCAGAUAGAUAAUCUAUUAAAAUUGAAAACUUGUAUCCAUGAAA